CCCGCGAUACGAUUGGCUCUGGAAGGCAGCGUAGGGCCUGGUCCCUGUGGCCCCGGCUGGGGGCAUCGCUCCAAAUGACACCCACCGCCGCCAGGCUCUGCCAAUCCUGGAUUCCGCCGGGCAGGCGCGGCAGGGAAGCCCCCGCCCCUCCCUGCUGGUCAGCGUCACGCGUGACGUCCUGUGUGAUGGCUGGGAGGGCUGUGGCGACGCCCGGAGAGGAAGGCGGGUCUGAGAGCUGCGGAGAGCUCCGGAAAGCAAAAUGGGUGAGUUGCCCUUGGAUAUCAACAUCCAGGAACCUCGCUGGGACCAAAGCACAUUCUUGGGCAGAGCCCAGCACUUCUUCACCGUUACUGAUCCCCGAAAUCUGCUGCUAUCUGGGGCACAGCUGGAAGCGUCUCGGAAUAUCGUGCAGAACUACAGGGCUGGCGUGGUGACCCCAGGGCUCACCGAGGACCAGCUGUGGAGAGCCAAGUAUGUGUACGACUCUGCCUUCCAUCCCGACACGGGGGAGAAGGUGGUCCUGAUUGGCCGCAUGUCAGCCCAGGUGCCCAUGAACAUGACCAUCACUGGCUGCAUGCUCACCUUCUACAGGAAGACCCCAACCGUUGUGUUCUGGCAGUGGGUGAACCAGUCCUUCAAUGCCAUCGUUAACUACUCCAACCGCAGUGGCGACGCUCCCAUCACUGUGGGGCAGCUGGGAACAGCCUAUGUGAGUGCCACCACAGGGGCUGUGGCCACGGCCCUGGGACUCAAAUCCCUCACCAAGCACCUACCCCCCCUGGUCGGCAGAUUUGUGCCCUUUGCAGCUGUGGCAGCUGCCAACUGCAUCAACAUCCCUUUGAUGAGGCAGAGGGAGCUGCAGGUGGGCAUCCCAGUGACUGACGAGGCAGGUCAGAGGCUUGGCCACUCGGUGACUGCGGCCAAGCAGGGAAUCUUCCAGGUGGUGAUAUCAAGAAUAGGCAUGGCGAUUCCUGCCAUGGCCAUCCCCCCGCUGAUCAUGGACGCCCUGGAGAAGAAAGACUUUCUCAAGCGCCGCCCCUGGCUGGGGGCACCCCUGCAGGUGGGACUGGUGGGCUUCUGCCUGGUGUUUGCCACCCCUCUGUGCUGUGCCCUGUUCCCCCAGAGGAGCUCCAUACACGUGAGCAGGCUGGAGCCGGAGCUGAGAGCUCAGAUCCACGAGCAAAAGCCCCACAUCGAAGUGGUUUACUACAACAAAGGGCUUUGAGGGAGGGUCAGCCUGUCUCCUCCCUCACCUCCUUGGGCUGCUGCUUCAGUGGAACCUUGUCAUCCCUGCCACUUGCCCUACCGCCUCGUACCAGGCAGGGGGCUUUGUGGGCAGGCAGCCAUUGAGCCAGUAAUCCAUUAGGCUGGGGGAUGCACCACUGUAAGCCUUUUCUUCUCCUCUGGUUUCAAAGAACAAGGUCACAUAAUCCCUCCGUCCUGUGUUUGAAUGUCCACACAUAUACAUAUGUGAUAUAUGUGUGUAUGCAUACAUUGUGUAUGUGCUCUUGAAAGCUACCAGCAGACAUGUUGUCCUGGGAUGUUCUGAUAUUUGGCUUCCUGCACACCUGCCAGCCAGCCAGGCUACAGGUGGAGCUGCAUUCCCUGAACACUUCCACCUGACAGCACCUCAUCCCUUCUGAACAUAGGAGGAGGCCCAGGAUCUCAGACAGAGACUGAGGGACACUAGCAGGCCAAACUGGGCUGAAUCCUCCAGGUUUCUGAUACCUAGCUCCCAAAAUGGACUCAGGAACUGGGCUGGCAGACGAAGAUAUGUUGGGAUAAGGGAGGCAGGGGGCUAAUGCAUCCCUUGGUGCCAUCCUUCACAUCCUGCAAUAGCUCUGGUUCCUCUGCUUCCCUUCCAGAACAAAGGAGCAUCAGUAUCCCAUACAGCCCUUGCUGUCUCAGCCUCUCCCCACACUGCAAUGUGGGUGUCUGCAGGCAGUCUUAGGAAUUCUUGGUCUGCUCUGACAUGACCUCAAAUCUAAAUCCUACAAUCCCAACCCCAUCCCCCAACCAAAACCCACAGAGGCAGAGCAAGAUCCCCCUUUUAGGCCUCCCACUGUGUCCUCUCACAGAGGGGCACACUGUGGGAAUGGUGCUUAAACUCCACAGGUAGCUGAGUGAGUGUGACUAGGACACCUUCAAGGGCAACUAGGCCCCAAGUGUACAAUCUUAAGACAGGGAAUUUUGUAUUCUACUGACCCUUGGUAGACAUUCAGCAAAACCCCCACCAUAACGUCCUCUCUUGAUAGAGGUUGGUCCUGUCCCCACCUCCACUCCCACCCCCCAGAAGAGGAAGGACCCAGGCACCAAUGGCUAGUCUACACGCAAGAUGGGCUUGGGGAUGUGAUGGGUGGUGGUAAAAAUUCACAAUGUUGUUAGAUCUCAAUUCCAGCUCCCAUGGCCCUUGCCUGAAGACGAAAGGGCCCUGGUGGGAUCCUCCUGCUACCCUCAAUCAACCACCGCCAGUGAUAACAGUUAUGAUGCCGUGGUUACUCAAUAAACAGCAAACCUGUCUACUUCUUGAUCAUCUA